AUGUUGCCAAAGCUUUUCUCAGCCACCUCUGUAGUCACACAUCACUGCACGCUGCUAGGCUGCCCACUUAUCGUGUGUCCGCCCGUUGUGAGGGGCCUGCACAGGGGGCGGCGUCAAGUGUCUCGCGAUGAUGGCGGUCGCGUCGCGACCGGCCAGUCGCCACCUACAGCUGAGCGCCGCCACGACGAACAAGUGGAGGGGGUCGUCGGGGUUCGCGAAGCGCACACCCGUGGAAUUAGGGUAGUGAGGACGAGGAUUUCAGCGGACGCAUCAAGAGGGACUGGCUGGAAGGGGAUUUGCGGACUGCAACGCGGACGGCUGAGGAGGAUUUUUGCUCAAGAACUCCAGCCGAGCUCUAAUCCUUGUGUAACUGCUGGUCGAGUCGACUCCAGCCCUGCUCCAAGUCCGGUCGAACUGCUGACUUGUCGCCCGCAUGAUGCCGACGUUCGUGCUCGUGCCCUUCGCAAGAUGGAGGACAACCCUCAAAACACGCUAAUGGAGCUUUUUGCCGAAGUUCAGCACUUUCUCGACAUUCGUCAGGAUGCCGCACUCCUCGAACAAUCAAGUCUACCGCACGUCAAAGUCGUGGAAUCGAACCAAUCACUGGUCUAG